AUCCUGGGCAAGCCCCUGGGAGAAGGGUGCUUCGGGCAGGUGGUGCUGGCAGAAGCCAUCGGCCUCGACAAGGACAAGCCAAACCGUGUGACCAAGGUGGCGGUGAAGAUGCUCAAGUCCGACGCCACGGAGAAGGACUUGUCCGACCUCAUCUCCGAGAUGGAGAUGAUGAAGAUGAUCGGCAAGCACAAGAACAUCAUCAACCUGCUGGGAGCCUGCACGCAGGACGGACCCCUCUAUGUGAUCGUGGAGUACGCAAGCAAGGGCAACCUGCGGGAGUACCUGCAAGCCCGGCGGCCCCCCGGCAUGGAGUACUGCUACAACCCCACCCGCGUCCCCGAGGAGCAGCUCUCCUUCAAGGACCUGGUCUCCUGCGCCUACCAGGUGGCCCGGGGCAUGGAGUACCUGGCCUCCAAGAAGUGCAUCCACAGGGACCUGGCAGCCAGGAACGUCCUGGUGACCGAGGACAACGUGAUGAAGAUCGCUGACUUCGGUCUGGCCCGUGACAUCCACCACAUAGAUUACUACAAGAAGACAACAAACGGUCGCCUGCCGGUGAAGUGGAUUGCACCAGAUGCGAUUCGUCUUAAUUUAAGGGAAAUACAAUUAGCGGCAGCAGACAAAGCGUGGUCCUUCGGCGUGCUGCUGUGGGAGAUCUUCACGCUGGGCGGCUCGCCCUACCCCGGCGUGCCGGUCGAGGAGCUCUUCAAGCUGCUGAAGGAAGGUCACAGGAUGGACAAGCCCAGCAACUGCACCAACGAGCUGUACAUGAUGAUGCGGGAUUGCUGGCACGCCGUCCCCUCCCAGAGACCCACCUUCAAGCAGCUGGUGGAAGACCUGGACAGGAUCGUGGCCAUGACCUCCAACCAGGAGUACCUGGACCUCUCCAUGCCGCUGGACCAGUAUUCUCCCGGCUUCCCGGACACCCGCAGCUCCACCUGCUCCUCGGGAGAGGACUCUGUUUUUUCUCACGACCCUCUUCCAGACGAGCCGUGCCUUCCCAAGUUCCCCCCUCAGCACACCAACGGCGGACUGGCACGGAGCGCCGGGCUCAUCUGCGACUCGGAGAACUCGCUGAGCCGAGACCAGCGCCGGGUUUCCGCGGCCGCGCGAGCCGGGGAGCGUCAGCACGGGAGUCCUGCCGGCGCCGCGCUCGCUGCCCGAGAUGCUCCGGGGCUGGUCCCGCAGCUCGGCAGUGCCAGCACCGACGGGCUUGGCUGA